AUUAUGUUAUAUUUAACAUUGUUAAAUUAUAUAGAGUAUGAGGUGAAAAAAUAAAAAAAUAUGAAAAUUAUGACAAUAAAAAUGUACGAUGGUGUACUUGGAGUGAAAUGCACGACUUGCAACAAAGGGUUGAUAAUAGACAAACCGAGCGACCAUUUGAUUCCAAUACCCCGCUACCAAUAUGAAGAAAUGUACAGAGACUACGCAUAUCGCAACCUGAGCGCCAAUGCGAAAUCGGUGUUCUUUGCCAUUAAUAUUCAUCCGUCUUGUCGUGCAAAAAAAGGUUUUUGUAUACCUCGUGCGAAAUGCAUAGAGAAGAAAAUGUUUUACAUAGCACGGGUGUGCUACUGGUGGGAGCUGGUGUGUUGUUACGAAGACUACCCUCCGGCUAGGAACCCUGUAAUAGCGAUGUUGCGCACUGAAGACCAUAUCAUAGACAAUUCCUCUCACAUACUUACUCCUUCGGAAUACUCGAAGCAACUUAAUCUAUCGGAUGCUGAAAUAGAAAAAAUGAUGGUAGACAACACGACUGUCUCGCCCUAUUCUUAUUGGAAGACUGAGCUACCCCCGAAACUACAUGAGCAACCUAAAACAAAAGCUGACACGAUACUUCCACCUAAUGUUUAAUUAAAUAAAAAAUAUAAAAUUU